AUGGAUGGUAAAAUCGUCCUGUUGAACUUCUUCGACGUAAAGUUCAAAGACGGCAAGAAAACCGCUAACUGUAGACAUUGCGGAAAAUGUUACAAAGAGGGCGAGUCCACCGGAAAUUUGGGCAAGCAUGUUCGAGCCUUACACCCAGCAGCUUUUAAAGCCCAGAAUGGAAAGAUCAGCAAAACGACGGCAUUGGAUGCUUUGUUGAAAAAAAGAAAGUCACUUCAAGUCUCUCAGUCUAUAUCCAGUGAGUUCAGAAAAAACCCCCAUACCUUCAGAACGGCUCUAAUUGUUGCAGAUGGGGUUUUUGCCGCUAAACUUUGUUGAGCUCACAAUGUGGAGUACCUUCGGCGGCGAGAACGGUCCAGCUCCCAUUCGAUCUAGAGCGACGUUUACAAAAAAGCUUCAGAGUUAUUCUGCCAUGUUAGAUGAAACCCUGUCCCUCAACUUUCGCAAUACGCAUCUUGUAAACAUUCAAUUGGACAUCUGGACUGCAAGAAGUGGUGAAUCUUAUAUGGGGCUGUUAGUCUCGUUUGCACCUAAUGUAUGGAAUAGAAAGCUGCUGGACGACAUGGAAGAUCACAGAAUUUUUCUUAGCGAUGAUUGCACUGCUCAAAAUACCCAUCUGCUUGAUUUUGUUUGCUUGGGCCAAAAGAAGCAAACCGGCAAGAACAUUCUGAGUGUUUUUUCAGACCUUUUGAAAAAGCAUAAUCUUACAGACAAAGUAGCGACGAUAACAAUGGACAACUCCAGUAACAAUGUUUUAAUGUACCAGUCAUUCAUUUUUUCGCGUUUUAACGGUAAGCAACCCCUAGCUGGCCGUCUCCUCGGUAAGACGCGCUAUAUUCGGUGCGCAAGCCAUGUAUUGAAUAUACAUUUCAAGGCGAUAGUUUCAGAGUUAUUCAGAAAUCCUGACUUUGCAGAAGCACUGCGUAGAAUAAAGGGUUUAGCCAAAACUAUGAGAAAGUCUCCUCGAAUAUGCGCCAGUUUGAAAGAAGCUGGUAUACCAUUCAUUCCGCUUGAAGCACCCGCCCGGUGGAUGUACACUUGGCGUCAACUAAAACUGUUCCUGGAAAACUAUAAUAGGUACAAGUUCUGGUUCAAGGGGCUUGAGGACGGCGGUGAUGCGGACAUAAUCUACAUGCUUCGAGGCUACAUUCAUUUUGAUGAGAAAACUUUGAGCAUGUUGGAUUAUUUCGUCAAAAGUCUCCAGGUUUUCAAUGACUUUUCGAUGAAUUUCCAAAACGACUCUUACAACCAUCUGUCCAACGGAAUACCGUUCUACUAGAUGAUAGACAGUUUCUAUUCUUACUGCAAAGGUGCUCUUCAGGGGCACGAGCUCCCGAAGAAGAAGGCCAGUUUCGAUUUUUCAUGCUCAAAUGGAACGUCAGGGCUCCUUCGCCGCGACAAACGGCUCGUUUUAGAAGCGAUUCUAGCAUCAGAAAAAAGCCACCAAAAGUAUUUGGCUUGGGUCCGGCAGGAACCACUGUAUUAUGCGGCAGUAAUAUUAGAUCGAGGCGCUAAGGCAGGUGCCUUGUACAGAAUGAUGUCAAACGAAGAGGCCGACGGGCGUAUGAAAGAAGCCCGCCAAUUCAUCCAAAGCUAUCUCAAGGAAUAUGACAGCUGUGUUGAUAUGCGGGCCUCGAAACCUGUUGGGAAGCAAGCCACAAAUGGAUCUGGCGAUCUCAUAUUCGACAGGGAGGACUUUCGAGAGCCAUCUGAGAAUUCGCAGGCUUUAGAUGAUGCGGCUACAUUAAUCCCAGAUGAUGAGGAGCUUAUGGAGGAGUAUUACGCUUACCUGCGAGAGCCGUUGUUGAAAGAUAGGUCUACUGAAACCGCGGUUGCUUGGUGGUACCAACAACGGAACAGAUUUCCAAGGCUCUUGCCGCUUGUCAUAUCCCUAUUCUACACUAAAUUAAGCUCAUGUGAAGGGGAGAGAACGUUUUCAUUGGCGUCGAGGGUCAUGAGAAAGGCUAGAACCCGCCUCUCAGCAAGAAACUUUAAAUCCCUUAUGUUGCUGCGAGACAGAUUCGAUAGGUUUGGCUUUUAUAAGCGCGGCCCCUCUACGCUCCGUGACGUUUGCGACUCUCCCUCCACAAUGCCGUUGUGUAUGUAG